AUGAGCAACCAUCAACAACCCUCACCACGAUCCUACAUCGCGGUCAACGAUAAGACGCCACUAAUGCGUGUGCUCUAUGUAUCACCGAAUAUCCAAGAGCACUUUGGGCGGAUGAUAAACCGCAAUAUCCAGGUGACCAAUAUGGUUGUGGAUGCGCGCGGCGGAACCCCCGUGUACUUGCGCAUGCUUCACUUUACUUGUGACGCGUUAGAGUUCAGUGUUGCGCUGAGGUAUCCAGAUUUGGCGGCGCUGCCGUCGAUUGUCGCACAGCCGACAGCAGCAGCAAAAAAAGAAGCAGAAGGAGAGGCAGAAGCAGUGGCGCGUGAGAGAGAGCUGGAUGCGAGGUUGGUGGAAAAAACACCCACACGACAGUACAGUGGUUCUAGUACCGGGAUGCACACCAGCGUUGUGGGCGCAUAUGCGCGGCAGCAGGCGUGCUUAGUCCUCGAGCGCUACGAGGGUUUUGUAGACGGCAGUGGUGGAGGCAGCCCCAUGGGCGCACGCAUAGUGUUUGCAUCCAACUCAUUCGGGCGCACGCUCAACAUGGACUCGAGCGAUAUCCAGGGGAGGGCGUUUUUGGAGCUGGUUGACCCCGAGGAUGUUGUGCGUGCUGCGCGGUUUUUGGACUGCGUGAGUCGGUCGAUCAGUGUUGAGUCGGAGCAUUUGCGCUUUAUGGAUGGCGAUGCUGGCGGAUCGGUGCUGGUGGAGGUGCUGGCGGCUGGCUCGCAUGAUGGCGCGAUUCUGUUGUGCCAGACCGACUCGGCGAUGUGCGGCCGGCAUGCAGCGGCAGCGGCCAGCGGCAACAGCAGCGCGAUUAAUGAGUUCGAGGACAGCGUAUCGCUAGGGGACAUUAUUUCGUCGGAGCCGAGACAUCCGAUGUCUCGGACAGGUGGCAACCGCUGCCCUUGA